AUGAGUCUCUGGGCGGCUACACUGAUUCAUUUUCUCCUGCUUGUUGACACGGCUUAUUCUAAAAAAGGUAAGUCGCUAUUUGUUAUUCUGAUGCUUCGAAACUUAAAUUUGAUGGAGGCACUUUAUCUAAAAGGUGCUGUGUAUUUAGCAAGAGCUGGGUCUCAGUUGCUCACUGUCAGCUGGUUAUACUUUCUCAGAGGUUGCACCAGGAUGCUGGAAAAAAUAGCCAGAUAAAUAAUUAAGCAGGAAAGAGUUCAACACUUCUUCGUAUUGUUUCCUUUGAGCUAAAAUUAAACCCCCUUUCUUGCAAUUGUCAGGUGUCAAAUGUGGAGGGAUCCUCUCUGCUCCAUCUGGGAAUAUCUCCAGUCCAAACUUCCCAGGCUUGUAUCCUUACAACAUCGACUGCUCCUGGCUUAUAGUGGUAGCGGAGGGUUCCUCUGUCCUUCUUACCUUUCACCACUUUGAACUAGAGUACCAUGCCAGCUGUGCUUACGACUACAUCAAGAUAUAUAAUGGCAUAUCCGAGGACGAGGGGAACCUCCUUGGGAUAUUUUGUGGUGACAUCUCCCCACCACAGUUCACCUCUUCUUGGAAUGUCAUGUCAAUCAUCUUCCAUUCAGACCGCCACGUGGCCCAAAGGGGAUUCAGUGUUGGCUAUAGAAAAGGUAAUAUCAUAAGAAAUGACACAGUGUGACAGGAAUCUGUUGGCUAACCACCUACUUCUUGAGCUGAUGUUGUCUGGCAAUAAAAUCUUGAUCCUAAUCUCACCGGAGAACUUAAAACUCACCAAAACGUUAUCCAUCAAAAAGACUGAAAACAGUCCAGACUCUUGCUAGUGGCUCUAUGAGGCUGAUCGGAGGCGAAGAAGUGCUUACAUCAGCAUGCUAUCACAUUUACAUUUUCAUCUCCCAUGUGAAGUGUUAGCGGGCUAACAAAGCAUGCUUAAAGAUGAUGUCAUUAGUUUCCGACAGGUUUUUAAUGAGGUGAGGGACGAAAAUGAAAUUUGACCUGACAGUGCUAAAUAUAGGAGAUGGGCCAGGGAGCUGAAGUUAUUGCAGUUCAUCCUCUGGGGAUCAAUAAUAUACAUAGCAAGCUUUACAGAACCCAAGAAGUCAAUCUCAUUGUGGUGUCAUAAGAGAAUAACCCAAAAUAAUAAAGGUUUAUCCUCCAGGGACCUUGAUUAUCUUAUCCAAGUUCCCUGGCAAUCUAUCCAGUAAUAAUGGAGUGAUUACAGUUAGUCAGGGAGCAGCCAAAGUGAUUGGUCUCCAUCCUCUGGGGACCUUGAAUGUGUGCACCAAUCUUUAAAGCAAUCCAGUCAAUGCUUGCUGAGAUACUGCAGUCAAACCAAUGAGGUUACAGCUUAUAGAGAAGCCAAAGAAGGUUGUGUUUAAAACAUAAUAGGGACUGGCCUCUGGGGACAUUGAAUAUACAGUAUGUGCCAAAUUGCCAUUUCCUUUUUUCAAAGUAUUAAUAAAGUCAUGAAUGACAAUCCUCUGAGAACCUUGAAUAUACCUACCAAACUUUGAUGCUAAGCAGAUAGACAACCUCUUUUUCUAGAUGUUUCCCUUCAAAGAGGAUAAAAUUUUAUGGUAGUAGAAGUAAGUCCUCAGUGGACAAUGAACCGAGAUCUUGAAAUGCCACAACAAUUGAUUCAAGAGGUGUUAAAAGUUUACACUGAUGGGCAAAAUAGGUGACAUGCCAAAGAUGUUUCACCCAGUCGAUGUUACUGUGGUUCAUCCUUUGGGGACCAUGAACAACAAUCCAUCUAAUGGGCUUCAUGAUAAUGUGAGCCUAAUUCUACCUUUCAUGCUUUCCAGAUAUGUGUGGUGGAGUCCUAACUGGUCUAUCAGGAGUCAUCUCCAGUCCAGGCUAUCCUCGGGAGUACAGCAACAAUGCAGACUGCUCCUGGACCAUCCACGUGUCCAACACCAGCGUGGUCACGUUGGUCUUCUUGGACUUCCAGCUGGAAAAUAAUGAAGGCUGUAAUUUUGACUUUGUGGCAAUGUUUGAUGGCCCGACGGUCACCCACCGCCACCUGGGCAAAUACUGCGGGGCGGAUAGACCCCCAAACACUGUCACCACCUCCAACCAGCUUCUGGUAGUCUUCAAGUCGGAUUUCAACAUCGGUGGACGUGGGUUCAAGGCCUACUAUUACUCAGGUGGGUGAGUCUGGUGUGAUAAAUGAAUUACAAUAGGAAAUUCACAGCAGAAGGUAUUAUUGAGUUCUUUGAAAUGUCUUCAAGUAAAACUAAAUUUGACAAAGCCUUUCAAUGUCACUCUGAGAUCUAUAUCCCAGCUGGGGGCUGUCAAAGAGCUGCUAAAACCUGAGCUGGACAAGAGGACACAAUACAGGAUCAAUGUUCAACACUGGGGGUAAAAAGAAACUGGACAUAUUAUCCAACACUGGAGGUUUCAAACAAUGUAGUACAAGAUUCAGAACAUUGCACAAAAGAUACUGUCACCUGAUGGGAAGAAAAUUGAACACUUCUGCCUCAAAGUUGAUCACAAUCUCCGAGCUAAGCCGAGAGGAGCUCAUUCUCUGUCUCACACCAUCCUUCCCACAGUGGAACAAGAAAGUGGAAGUCCUUGAGUGGUCCAGUCAAUGCCUGGACUUGAAUUCAAUUUAAAUGCAGCAGGAUUACUUUUUGACAGCUGAGCAAAUACAAUCCCUGUUGCCUCCGCUGAGCAUUAAACAAAGAGAUUUAAAUCCUGACAUACAAUUUCAGAGGGACCUGGAGGAAUCCUGAUACUGUCAAUUUUUCAGUGUAAGUGUGAUGUGCUACAGAUGUCUACCACUAUAAAUAAAGUUUAGUAACUUACCUUAAAUCAACAGGUGAAUGCCAGCAGGUCCUUUCAGCUGUGAGCGGCAACUUCAGCAGCCCUCACUUCCCAAACAUCUACCCCAACAACAUCAACUGCCACUGGAGCAUCACACUUGCAGCUGGAUACCGCAUCAAGCUCUACUUCCCCAUCAUGGACCUGGAGGACCGCAACAGCUUGUCAGACGAGUGCGACUACGACUACAUCGCAGUUUACGACGGGGGCAGUCAGACCGAUACGCUGCUGGGGCGCUGGUGCGGUCGGGAAAAGCCUCCCUUUCUGGUGUCGAAGGGAAAUAAGCUGCUGGUGGUACUCAGCACAGACCGAGAUGAGGCUCACAGAGGAUUCACUGCUUCUUAUCUCGGAGGUAAAAUAGUUAAGUAGGAGUCUUAUAAAAGUCUGUCAACUAUAAAAGAAAGAAAAAAAACUACCCCUAAAAUCCAGAAAUAUGAGAUUAAAAACCAAAGAUAUAAAGCAGAAAAUUGGCUUCUUGUGGAAACUCAUUUAAGACAGAGAUAUAAGCCAUCCCCUCUUGUCACGACUCCUGCUUUUUGUCAUACAGUCAGAAGUUUGGUUUGACUUUAUCUCAAACAAACAACUCCAGUUCUUUUUCUUCUUAGUCCAGGUGAGACGCUUAGACAUUAUCUCUGGUUUAAGAGAAUCUUGACAACAGGAACACGAUACUUGAAACCCAUUUUCUGGACAGAUCUGUGUGUAGUGGCUCUUGAUGCUUUGACUUAAGCCUCAGUCCACUCUUUAGUAAACCUUUGCAGGUGUUCAGAGUUCAGUAGCUGAUUAGAGCUCUUUUUAGGACUGAAAUAACUGACAAGAAACUGGACUUUUCCACGAUAUUGUAAUGUUUUGACAUAGUGGAUUUUCACGAGUUGUAAGCCAUAACCCUUAAAAUUCAAACAAAAACAUUAUCUUUACAUUAUCUCUUUAUUUUUCUUAUCUGUGCAGUCGAGGAAAAGUCUAAACUUUUAUGUUUUUCUCUCUUCAUUCCAAGUGGUACCUGUAAACGUUAGCUGUACCAGAUCAGAAUUCACCAUUCUGAUACCUCAGCAGUCUUUACCUCAACUAGACCGGGAGAGGAUCUAUCUGGGGAACCCAACAUGUGCAGCCCAGCUGACAGCAACCUCUUACAAGAUACUUGCCCAAUUUGUCAACUGUGGGACUGUAGGCCAGGUGAUGAGACCCAGUCUUAAAUUACUUACUGGGAGGAUUUACAAUAAUUUAUCAGUUGUAGAUAUUGAUUUUUUUUUUUUUUACAGCUAUUAAAGCUGCAUCUCUUGUUCCCUUACAGAAACAUCGGAACAUCACUGUGCUGGUAAACAAACUCUAUAUCGAUUUCUCUGAUGGGAAGCAGCAGAAUGUGCAGGAAUAUAAGGUGCAGUGUGAUGCACUGCGGAAGAUAGCAUCAGUGUCCAUCAUUUCAGCGGAGGAGCGUCGUCUGGAGGAGCAGGCUCAGCAGACUGACAACGACAGUGGUGGCGAUACAGGGGGUCCAGAAGCCGAACCGCAUGACCUGAGUGAUAUCGUCUUCAUUAGCAUCUGUGUUCUGGCUGUAAUUCUCAUGGUGAUUGCUAUUAUUUGGCUGGUGCUGCUUUAA